UUACACUCGAUAAGACUCAUCAAGAAAUGGGCACGAUUGUAACUUAAAACUGUUUUUGAUCGUUCCUUGUAUUAAAAAGAAGUUCUUUGAGAUGUAAAGCAGCCGGGCAAAGUCGUGUUCACAGCCGGUCAAUUUGCCCGGUGCCCGGCCCUUAAUGAACCCCCUGGAGCAAGCAACACUGAUACAAGAAUCUGAGCUGGGGUACGCAUGUAUUUACAAGAUUCAAACGUUCACGAUGAUGUACGUUCCUUAGUCCAUUGUAAAUUUAACGACGACCAAGGUAAAAUUGGGUUGAUUUCUUUCAUGAAAACAGUGACGGCAGAUCGUGGAUCAUGGACAAAACGUCAAGGUGAGCGAUGUUAGGCUGUUGCAACGAAUCAAAACAUCAUUUGGCUGCAGUCCGUGCAAACUUUAUGUAGAACAAUCGCUCUUAUUCUCUUUAUUUUAAAAAAAAGAUAAACUUCAAUGUCGGCAUGUUAAUGGAUGUUCUUACAUUUAGAUGAGUGACCGUGAUUGCUGAAUAUUUACAAAGCGAGACUGUCGUAGAUUUUUUAUAUGUCACCUGCUUUUGUAACGUGUACGCGUGAAUACUAAUAAAGUAUCAGUUGCAUUUUGUAUUUCUUGUGGUUUUUACUCCGCUACUACAAGGCCUCUUGUCAACUCCUUUACCAUGUCUCAUGAUUAUUGUAUUGUUGAAGUCUGCAUUUCUUUUUUUUGUACAACUGUUCUUGGCAGCGCUUAACUAACGCUGCACAGCGCUGCAUAACAGCUGUUUAUCAACCUUAUGGCCUCGUGUGGCUAUUUUUUUGCAUCUUUACGGCAGCGCUCCUGCAGCUCUCAGUGUCGCUACCGCAGCGUUCACGCAGUCACAAAAAUGCACUGCUGCAGCGAACGGAAAACAGCGUUCGUGCAACCUUUCUGCAGCGCUCGUUGCAGCGCUAAUAAGUCGCUAAAGCAGCGCUGUUUUAACGUCUUCUGUAUCGUACGGGUGAAGGGGUUGGUGCAUGGUACUUUUGAUACAUUGCCUCAGAGGUUUGUAGCACAGAUUUUUGUGUUGAUUUAUUCCUUUUUUAUCACAGUCUCAAUUGGUGGAGGGAUCAUGGGUGUGUCAUAUAUUUAAAAUUAUAGCAGCAUUUCUUUUAUGCAUUUUUCUUUUAUGACAAAUUCAAUUACUUUUUUUUCGAGUUCACCUAAAAUUUAGUUGCUUGAUGGCUUACUUUGCUGGUUUUCAGGGUUUUCAUCUUUAAAUUUGAGCGAUAUUAUGGAAUCUCUGAAUGGCGAACAUUGCAUUUCUAAUCAGAAGCCAUAACAUGUCAUCUCUUAUUUAUGUAUUUAUGCAUGGGUCUCUGAUAGUUUUCAUAUUUGAUCCAACAAUAAUUAAGUCAUUGAAAUUUGCCUUUUAGAUAUCCUUCACACAAGGCAUGGUAUGCCACAGAUCAGAUAUACAGAGACACAUCCAGCAGCAAUCACUGCCACCAGAAACCUUGGCAUUUGUGAAUAAAAUGGCUGGAAAUAAAGAAAGGUAUAUUUGCACAUUUUAUAUAAAUGGUCUCUUGGUCAGCUUGAGACCAAGAUAGAGGGAUCAAUCACCAGCCUAGCCCCUAGUGUAUUUAAAGGGACCAUGGGGAUAUCAAACCUACAGGUACAUUAUAUAUCCUGAUAAAACCUUGCACUACACCGCAAAUUUCAACUUGAUUCCUAGCCCUGUAUUAUAGUCUUUAUUUCAGCAAAUGCAUACUCAUCAGAUAAUCCAUAAGUCUGCUUUGAGUUCCUGAAUGUUUACGUUUAAUCUAUCAGCAAAUUUCCAGAAGAAUGGAUAGCAUCCUUAUAUCUAACCCCCCAAAAUUUACAGGUCAAACGUGGCAGCAGUCGAGGAAGGUAUUGAAGUAUUGGGGGCUGAGACUAAAAAACAUUAUCAGUUCACGAGAGGAUGGCACUAA